AUGAAAGCACCAACCAUCCUAAAGAGCUUCCUCUUACGCCCAGCUCCGUCCGCGGUAGCACCUUUGCCGGAAAAAACCAGAUUCGACCGAGAACUUACGGCCGAACUUGACACCCUUGGUGGAGAAAUUAAGUUGGCUCAAUUGCUUGAUGCUGCCGUCACCACUCAAAAAAUUGUACUGGAUUCUCUAACGAACGUUUCUUAUAGAGAUGAUUUUGAUCGAGGAGAUGUCGAUAAGUACCUAGAAGACAACGUUGAGUUUCUUGAUGUAUGCAAUUACUUUGUUGAAAAAAUUGACAACAUUUAUAAUUAUUUAGACAAUUUGAAAGUUGUUGUACAUUUAGUUGAUAAUACUUGUAGUCCAUUGAAGCCUAAUAAUGUUGCAACAAGACGUGCGACGGAACUUUUGAAUUCAUCAUCAUCUAAAAUUGUAGAAAAGAGAUCAAGCAAUGGAUUGAAAAAAUUGUUAAGGCAAAAGCUAUGUCAUGAUGAAACAGAAAUGAGUGAGGUUAUGUGUGGUUCUAAGGCUAUGGCAUUGAUGUGUUUAAGGUUUCUUGAACUUGGUUUGUCAUUUGAUGCAAAAAGUGAAAAGUUGCCAAUGAUGAAACUUUCUCCACCUUCAAGUUCUACAUGGUUGAGAUUGUUGCAAGAGUUGACAAAAGAAGCAGAAGCAAGUGUUGAUGAGAAGAAGUUGCAGAAAAAGAGUGAGUUGCAGCAGACAGUUGAUGCAGCUAGAGAGUUGAAGGAACAUGUGAAGAAGAAAAAGGAGAUGAAAUGUUGUGUUGAGAAAUUGAAGCAAAGGUGCAAGGAAUUGGAGGCUGCGGUUGAAGUUAUAGAUGAAAGAGUAAAAGAUUUGUAUAAAUGUUUAAUUGAUGUUAGGAUGAGUCUUCUUGGAAUUCUUUCACAACACUGA